CGUGGCUACCUAGCGAUCCUUAGAUUCAAAACAAUACAAAUCUGUAACGGAGAUUAGGUUGCAUUACCGCGCCCGAAACAUAUGCUUUGAAAGCGUUUAGAUUCAAAUCCAGUUAACCAUAAAAGCAAAGCAAGAUUAGGGGCGAACUCCAAGAGUAUCGUGGAUGGAAUGGCGCUCUUGAUCGCUCUAUGGUCAUGUGUUUCCGUCUUGGUUCACUUGGGUUUAUGUCAAGGUAACAUACCAAGCUCAGAUGGGGGGACUGGGCUCAGCCAAAUCGACUUAGAAGCAGCAAAAGACGUUACAAUAUGUACAACUCAAAAGAAGCCACUAAGCUGUUCGUACCCAGGCUCCAAUAUCGCCAUCACGGGUGUUUUCUGGGGAAGACGAUCGGCAAGUAUUUGCCCGUCAGACGAUGGGGAUACUGAGCUCAAUUGCUUCACUUCACCCGAAACACAAGGUAUCGUCAAGGCCAGAUGCGAGGGCAAAGAGUCCUGUGAACUCGAAGCGCGCCAUGCAAUUCUCCAAAACCCCCGGACGUCCCAUUGUCCCGGGGUCAACAAGUACCUCAUCGUUAACUAUACCUGUGUACCGGACGCUAAAGAAGUUGUACUGUGCGAUUCGGAGAAUUCAACCCUGUGGUGCCCGGCGAUGUGGAAGAUUGGGGUCAACUCCGUGUUUUGGGGACGGCAGUCCACCGUAGUCUGUCCAGCGGAAAACGGUCAGACGACAUGCACCGGAGCCCCAGAGAGUCUUGGUAUUGUCAAGAAGUCAUGUGAUGGGCUUGGUCGUUGUGAGGUGCACGCCUCAGCAGAACAGGUUCAAAACGGAGCUGAGAACUGCCCUGGCGUCACUAAGUACUUGAUCAUCAAUUACAGUUGUAGACCGCACGCUAACAUCGGUACAGAAGAUGACAUAGAACCCCCUUCUCAAGACCGAUCCGAGGACGACGAACAGCGUCCUCAACAACAAGCGAAAGCCAAGGAGAGCGUGGCCAAGGCCCUGAAACAACUAGAUGAAGGACAGAAAAACGAGCAACCGGAACCGGAAGCCACUGGCGCCGAUCUCAACAUCGGAAGACUAGGAAUGGGUGGACUCAAAGCCCUUGAGAAAAUCAACAACUUGAUCAAAGCUUCGGCUGAGGCGCAGGGUGGGGAGGAGUCGGUAGCUGAGAAUGGACUCACUGACGACCAGGCGCAGACAAUCGAACGUAUGAUCAUAGAGGGAAUAAAGAACAUUAAGAAAAAGAACACCGAGGCUGGUACACGUAAGACAGCUAUUCCAAGAAAAAUCACAGACAGCAGGGCCCAGAUUAUGAAACCACGCCCUAGUAACAAUGCCCCUAGCAACAAGGGAUCUAAAAUAGCAGCCGUUAAUGCUGAUACCCCAAAAAGCGGAGUAGUAAAGAGCCUACCAAAUGUGGUAAAAAAUACGGGGGCAGCACAGGGCGUGGUACGUACUAUCCCGGAUGCAAACAAGGCCGGUGUCGUGGUGAUACCCGGAAGUGGGAGUAAAGCGAGACCAGUUCCGGUGUUGCGUGACACGGUGGCGAAAGAGCCUAUUGCUAACAAGGCGAAGAUAAGAGGGCUGACAAUAGGUAACGCAGGAAUGGGCAACAUGCCCUGAGAUAAACCACUGAUGUAACGUUUAUUUUGAUAGAGUUUCAACUCUGUGAGCUAUGAUCUUUAGAAGGUAAGAGUGUUGAAAAAAGGUAAUAGAAAAUAUGUCCUUUGAGUACCCCUUGACAUGGGAUUAUUUUGGUAUAACUAUCUGUGAAAUAUGAUCCUUUCAGGGGCGGAUCCAGAAAUUCCAGGGGGGGGGGACACGGGCUUCAAGAAAGGGAAACCCGAUUUAUUGUUCUUCCGUGGAUUUCCUUAUACUUCUUGUUACUUUUAACCCAAAUAUAUGAGAAUAGGGGGGUCAUGACCCACCCCUGCUCUUAGAGAUCGCUUAAAGGUUUCUGGUCUUUUGCCUUAAAACGUUUUGAAAGAAACAUAAAUGAUUGUUCAUAAAAUUGCUUUUCCGCAUCUGUUUAUUUGUCAUAUUAGGAAUAAAAAUAUUUAGCUUAACCAUCAUAGAAUUCAUCAGAAAAUUUUGUGAUUCUUUGUAUAUAGAUAAUAAAAUUCGUUUUGCAGUAAA